UAAAUAUUCAUUACCUACAGUAUUACUAAUUUAUUUGAUGGUAUUUAAAGUGGUAUAGAAUUGCUUUGAUGUUGAGCCUAAAGUUCUGUUUGUCAUACAGUUGCUUUAAAGGUCUGAUUUCUGAUGGUCUUCAUUCUCAUUUGACAUUUAUUUUUGGGGUAUUAUGUGUUGGCUAAAUUGUCAUCUUAAAAACAAACAAAUGAGAUCGAGCUGUGAUACUGGUGUUUGAAGUGGACCAGCCUUGUAGGGCAUGUCUCAGGCUUGUGUUGUAUAUCUUUUCAGUGCAGUGAUUGAUCCAUGGUAUAUCUGAAACUACAGUAUGGCACUGAUUUAUAGUAGUGUUCUAUUAUAGUGUAUUUUAUUUUCUCCACCCCUCUGAUGCAUCAAAAAUCAGUGGGAAUUGUGGCUCUUGGACAAUAAUAGCCAUGUUACGCUUGUGCAAUGUCGUCCUUUAAGGUUAUUUUGUUCUUCCUGAUACUAAAGAAGGAAACAAACCAAUGAUUUAGGAUAUAAUCUGAACAUGUAACAACAAAGCAGAAGGAAAUAUUGUAAAAUCUCAUUAUAAAAUUAACUAGCUAUACCAUGGAUUUGGCUAUUUUGUAACUAUAAUGAAACUUCUCAUUCAAUUUAAUCAUUUUCUCUUUUUCUUUAAAAUGUGUGUGUGCUUUUGUGUCAGUAUUCUUACAGAUAGUCAAUUUAGUUGUUACUACAUGCACCUUUUCUCCCUACCUCCUUUCUAAAAUCAAAUACUGACAAAUGGAGCGAUUCUUUAGAGCUCUAUUGAGGGCUAUCGUUGCAAAAAUCUCUUGUAUAAAAACUUGUCAAGAACAAAAGCAAAAAUGUUACUUUUAUGGAAAUUUAGCCAUAAUGUUUAGUGUAAAAGUGCUGUAAUCUCAGCUUUCUUAGGGCUACUCUUCAGAGUAAAAGCCCUGUGCAAAAACUGUCAUUAGUUUUCUGCAAGGCAUGAUGUUCUUAACUUAAAAUUCUGCCCACUUGGACAUAGUUUGGCAAUGUGAACUUCUACCACUGUGAAACUGCCAAGUUUCUAGUCUCAAAUUGGAUUUUUAAGCCUGAUGUUAGGGAUAAAGUAUUAUUUUCAGUUUUUAAUGCUUCAGUUCCUACAGUUCCUGUUCUUAGAAGACAAAAUAGACUGUAAGAUACGUAGGUAACCUCUCCCGGGAUGUGACAGAAGUCCUUAUACUUCAGUUGUUCAGUCAAAUUGGACCCUGUAAAAGCUGUAAAAUGAUAACAGAGCAACCCGAUAGCAGAAGGGUCAACUCUUCUGUUGGAUUUUCUGUUUUGCAGCAUACAAGCAAUGACCCAUAUUGCUUUGUGGAAUUUUAUGAACACAGAGAUGCAGCUGCUGCAUUAGCUGCUAUGAAUGGGAGAAAAAUUUUGGGAAAGGAGGUCAAAGUAAACUGGGCAACAACACCAAGUAGCCAGAAAAAAGAUACUUCCAAUCACUUCCAUGUGUUUGUUGGGGAUUUGAGUCCAGAAAUUACAACAGAAGAUAUCAAAUCAGCAUUUGCCCCCUUUGGUAAAAUAUCGGAUGCUCGGGUAGUUAAGGACAUGGCAACUGGAAAAUCCAAAGGCUAUGGUUUUGUAUCUUUUUAUAACAAACUGGAUGCAGAAAAUGCAAUUGUGCAUAUGGGAGGUCAGUGGUUAGGUGGUCGACAAAUCAGAACAAAUUGGGCCACACGUAAACCACCUGCACCUAAAAGUACACAAGAAAACAACACUAAGCAGUUAAGAUUUGAAGAUGUAGUAAACCAGUCAAGUCCAAAGAACUGUACUGUGUACUGUGGAGGAAUUGCUUCAGGGCUAACAGAUCAGCUUAUGAGACAGACAUUCUCACCAUUUGGACAAAUUAUGGAAAUAAGAGUUUUUCCAGAGAAAGGCUAUUCAUUUGUCAGAUUUUCAACUCAUGAAAGUGCAGCCCAUGCCAUUGUUUCAGUAAAUGGUACUACGAUUGAAGGACAUGUGGUUAAAUGCUAUUGGGGUAAAGAAUCUCCUGAUAUGACUAAAAACUUCCAACAGGUCGACUAUAGUCAGUGGGGCCAGUGGAGCCAAGUGUAUGGAAACCCACAACAGUAUGGACAGUAUAUGGCAAAUGGGUGGCAAGUGCCACCUUACGGAGUGUAUGGGCAACCAUGGAAUCAACAAGGAUUUGGAGUAGAUCAAUCACCUUCUGCUGCUUGGAUGGGUGGAUUUGGUGCUCAGCCUCCCCAAGGACAAGCUCCUCCCCCUGUAAUACCUCCUCCUAACCAAGCUGGAUAUGGCAUGGCAAGUUACCAAACACAGUGAGCUGGGACUCUAAACAAAAUUGUAAUUCAUGAUAGGCUUCGAUUUCCUGUGGCACUCUGAAGACAUGAAAGUAGACAUCGGAAAAUGAAAAUAUUUAUUUUAAAAAUUGAAAUGGUUGGAACCUUUAGCACAGCCUUGCUUUGGUGAAGGACACAUGUCUUCUAGUUCUGCCUUUUUAAGUUUUUGUUCAUGAUGGAUAUGAACAUGAUUUUUCUUUGUGUACAAAAACUAAAAUAAAGUCAAUAAAGACGAUUCUGACUACAAAUUUUGAUAUAAUAGGAGAAAUGGGUAAUACAUUUUGAUUCUUAGAUACUAUUCCAUUUUUAUCUUGCUGUUCAGUAUUUUAACUCACUGUGUUUUUAAAAGAGCAAAAAAGGGAGGAUCGUGAAAACUGGGAAUCACAUAAGCUCAUCCUGAAUCCUGAUACUCCCCUUCCCUUCCCUGAGGUGGACCACAUUUGAAGUCAGCAGAAAAAAGUGUGAUAUUCAGAAGAAUGCAUGAUUUUGGAGUCGCUCUGGAGGAAUUAUUUACUUUCUCUAUGCCUAAAGAAACUGAAGUCAGACUGAAAUUUUGCAACCUAAAUAAGGAACAGCAUUGUCUGAGUUAACUUGAGCAAAUGUUGGUGGUCCACAUUAAGACAUAUUUUUAAAACUUCAUAAAGUGUUGAUUAUUAAAACUGUAGUAUAUUACAUUUCAUUUUGGGGGGGGGAUUCCAAGUAUGGUGUUUGUAUUAAAGUCAGACAGUCAUACUUGUGCUUUUACAUGAAGUUUAAAUGAUAUACAUUGUAAAUAUUGAAUAACUACAGUGUUUAAAAAGCAUGCUUCAACAUAGAAGUAGCAGCAAUGUAAUUAUUUGAAGUAACACUUAACACACUCCACUGCAUUGAAUGCAGUGGACUGAUAAGAAUGUUUAAGAUUGACAUUUCCAAGGUUGGCUGUGUAAAAUUGAAGUGACACAAAUUAUUACACAGAAAAAGCCUUAAUUUUAAUUUCAUACAAAUCUUUGAUGCAUUAGUAUAUUCUAAAAUGUCAUUGGAAAUUAGAUUUUUUUUUUUUUGCUUUACAUUAUUUGGUAUGUAAAUACCUUGAUUAAAACCUUGUAAAACAAUUUCAAGGUUCCUAUAAGUUGUAUAGCACAAAUGUUUUUUAAAAAUCUUGGGGUGUUUUUAAAAAUUAGAUAUAUUUUACCCAAGAAUUUUUUUAACAAGAUUGCUAAAACAUCUUAUUUAGACAGUUUGAUGUACCAAUUUAUAAUUGGAUAUUCAGUUUAAAUAGUGCACAGAGUUGUGAGUUUUAUUUUUAAUUAAUUUUUUUUCUUGUGGGGAGUGUGCAUGAAUGAUGAGCCUGAAGAAAGGCUUGACUUGUAUGUGUGCAGUUUGUAAAUGAAUCAGUUAGGAAGGUACAGAAGAUUGAAGUUUGCUUCCAUGAUAUUUUUCAGUCUGUGUGCAUAAAAUCUGCCUCAAAUUUCUAUAAAACAGGAAUGUAAAAUAGAUGAAAUCCUCUGUAUUUAAAUUGCGACAGCUAGGGGGUGCAUCUGUUUUGGCCAUGUAUUCAGAAUGUUAGCCUGAGCUCCACUGAGGAAAUAACCCUUUAGAACUCAGUAUAAGGUGCAGCUGGCACCAACAAAUUGUUGGGGUUAAGCCUUCCAAGUCUUAGAGUUACCUUUAAGAUGAUAAUGGUUUUGUAUGUUAGUGACUACAAUAGUUUUGGUAUUGCUUUCUUCCUUUUCCCCAUUUAAAAAUACAUUAAAUAUAUUCAACAUAAAAAAAUCACAGGGUCUGAAGUUCAUCUUGGAGUGGAAAUUUUUAUGGCACCUUAGUUUUACCCACAAUAGUCAUGUUUUAUACUCUUCUAUUAUUAAUUACCCUUGUUUCGUUUGUUCAUACUGUGUUUGGGAAGUGUUUUGGAAAAGUUACCUUAUAUUCUAUUGAGAGAACACAGGAAACUAUUAUGCCCCUGAGUUAAAAUUUUCAUGAAUACUUGUGAAAUGUGAACAACUUAAGAUUUUAAUAGAUAAUUGAUAAAAAAAAAAGUCUAUUAAAUUCUCAGUUUGCCUCCUUUUUUUUUUCUCCUGCCAGUAAAUUAAGUGGCUUAUUGAGCUAACAGCUAAAUAUAGCUUUAUUGUUUCCUGGUUACAUAUUCUAUGAUUUAAUAAAAUUAUCCAGGCUAGUUACAUUGC